UGGAAUGAUUAUUAGUUUUUAAAAAUUUUAAAAGGCAAGCUCUGUAGCUUCAAAAUAAUGUAAGUUGUAACUAUAACAUGUUUGUGCAAAAUUAAUAUAUUUAAAAGUAUCAAAGGAUGUCAAACAUGCCCUUUUUUGAUGUAGAUGGUUUGAAGUUUUUUUUACCCUUUAACUUUUAGAAGUGAUUAAUGUAUAACUUCUCCUUAAAAUAUCCAUAAAUUAUCCAGCAAGUAGGUAAUGAGAUUGCUCAACCUUAUUAGUAAGAAGUCGUUAUCUCUAUCUAACACCAAUUUCUCAUAACCAAUGUAUAAGGAAAGGUGUAGCAGCAAGAGGGGAGAAUUGAAAACAAGAUCUUGGGAGUUAUAGGGUUAAAGGAGUAAACAAGUUUUUGAACCUUUUCCACAAUAUAUUGGACCAUCAGCUCAGAAUAUUUAACAAUCAUUCGCCAAAGGCAAAGUGAAUAUUGUUGAAUAAUAAUUACUAGAGGAAGUUAUAAUUAGUGUAUUAUUCAUAAUUACUAAAUAGAAGUGAGGAAUUGUUUUAGUAUAAUUCAAUGCUCAGGUGAUUUUUAAUUCUAUUGUAAAAUCAUUCUGUUGUUAAAGCCAUUCGCUAAAUAUAAAGAAAACUUGCAUAUCUUUUCUUACAAUUUUUUGACUACAUGCAUCAAGAUAAGCAGCCAGUUUCCUCCAGAUGUCAACAGGGAAAAAAUUAUAUUUUAGUUUUGAAAGGUGCUGCACCAUACUUGGUAACAGCUUUUUCGAAUUGAAUUUUCCUUGAAAGGGUUUAUCACUUCCUCAGUACAGCUUUGCCAAAUGUGGGGCAGCCAUUUUGAAAUUCAGUGCUCCUGCUUAAAUCAUCUUGUGCAAGGAGAUUAUAGCAAGAUAUGAUGCACUCCUCAACCAAUCAGCGUGUGCAUCUUUGUAUUUCAGACAUCAAUGAUUCAUAGCAAUUCUAACUGCAUCUCCCACUAUGAUUCUUAAAGAGCCAAACACCAUUUAUGUGCAGAAGUAAUAGGCCCAGAAGUGUUAUGGGCUAGUAUUUACUAGCUACCAAAUUAAUGAAAGUUCAAGCAGUGUGAUCUCCAAAUCACGUUACAUGAAUUCAGUUUUGCAUUUCCGUUGCUGCGUAAAUAUUACUUGCGUUGGGUAUGUUACAUUAUUAUUGUUUUGACGGGGGCAGGAACACCCUCGAAUUUGAAAUGACGUCAUCAUUUCUUAUUUACAUUGGAUGUUCGAUUUGUCGCCAUUUUGAUUGCAAUCAUGGUGUACAGAGCAACUACGUUGCGAGGGUUGGCCAUGGCACAGAUGGUGUUUGGGGCUUUAAUGAUUGUUUUUGGAGUAGCAUGUAUUUUCUCCGCUUAUCACUGGAGUUCACACGUUGGUUUUGGCGUUUGGGUUGGCCUUUGGGUGUUUAUUACUGGAAUUUUGGGAUAUAUUGGAGCAAGAGAUGACUCAAACCCAAACAAGUGUUUG